AUGGGCACCGCCCCCUCCUUCCCCAACUCCAAGCUCCAUUCGCCCUCCUCGUCCUUCGCCACCUCCAGCCUAGUCCUAUCUCUGCUGGAUUGGAGAGAGUUUAGAAAGAUAUCAAGAACUUCCAACUUGGUGUUUCCUGUAGCCUUUUUUAGCUGUUCUGGGGCUUUUAUGGGAGUGCCCGUCGCGCAGAAGUCCGAUUCUUGGGUGACUCUGCUUGCGAUGACGGACAGCGGCGGCCUUGGCGUUCGGCCUAUUAACGGAGGCCGAGGGGGUGCCGUGGAGCAGCGUGGGCUCGGCGACAACGGGCCUCCAGUGUCCCCACCAGAGCGUGUUUGUACGCCACCUGUGCCGAGGCUGGCUGCUUGGCGGCGCAUGUGGUCGCCUGGUCCUCUCCGGUGCUCAACUCCGAGGAGCAUUGGGUGUGAAGAGGGUGAGGAUUUGGAUCGGUACUUUUCCCCCCAGAGUGAGUUUUCUCAAGACACUUCUGAUACGGAUUCGAUGAGCACAAGUAUUAGUAGGAUGUAUACCUUCCGGUUGGGGACUUCAAGCCCAUUAGAUAGUCCUAUCAAACAAUUGGGAGUAGGAGACACAAGUCCUCCCUCAAGGAGGGGUUGCCAUUCUCCUAGCUAUCCUUGGAAUUCUUGCCGGGGAUCGGAUGAUGUUGAUUCUAGUUUUAUGAACUCACCUCGGCAUGAUGAUGAACAGAGGAAAGAUGAUGUGCAACCAAUUGAUUUUGAGAGUAGACACAUCUGGUAUCCUCCACCACCUCAGGAUGAAAAUGGUAGUUUUCAAUAUGAUGAGGACGAUGACAAUGAUGUUUGUGAUGGGAAGGUCUUUGGACAUGUUAACCAUGAUUAUUGUGAUGGCGAGGAUGAUGAUGAUAAUGAUGAUGAUGAUUCGUUAGGGAUCAAAGGAAAACAUAGUAUAUCUCAAAAAGAGUUCUUGAGGAGUGCUUUACAUGGGCAUUUCAGGGCUCUCGUGUCGCAAUUGCUCCUAGGACAUUGCAUUGAUCAAGUGGAUGGCUGGCCAGACAUAGUAGCCUCAUUAGCUUGGCAAGCAGCUACCUUUGUCAGGCCAGACACAAGCAAGGGUGGUAGCAUGGAUCCCACAGACUAUGUCAAAGUCAAAUGCGUAGCAUCAGGAAAUCCAAAUGAUAGUGCUUUCAUUAAAGGUGUUGUCUGUUCUAAGAAUGUAAAACAUAAACGCAUGGUGUCAAAACAUGAGAACCCUAGGUUGCUUCUUUUGGGAGGAGCACUGGAAUACCAGAAAGUCACGAACAAACUAGCUUCAAUAAACAGCAUUCUUGAACAGGAGAAGGAGUAUCUUAAGAAUGCUGUUGCAAAGAUAGAGGCUCAACGCCCACAUGUCUUGCUAGUCGAGAAAAGUGUGCCAUUGCAUGCGCAACAGCUUCUUGCAAAAGAUAUCUCUUUAGUAUUGAACGUCAAGAGAUCACUUCUGGAAAGAAUAUCUCGCUGCACAGGUGCUCAAAUUGCGUCUUCUGUUGAAAAUAUCACUUCUACUGGAGUUGGACAAUGCCAAACAUUCUGGAUUGAGAAAGUUACAGAAUGUUCAUCACCAAAGGUCUCAAACAAAAAAACAGUCAAGACACUGAUGUUUUUUGAUGGUUGUCCAAGACGCUUGGGGUGCACGGUUCUUCUAAGAGGAAAGUCAUAUGAAGAGUUAAAGAAAGUCAAACUUGCUGUGCAGUAUGCUUUAUUUGCAGCAUACCACCUGUCGCUUGAGACCUUAUAUCUUGCUGAUGAGGGUGCAACACUUCCAAAAGAAGAAUAUACUCGUGGAACCAUUAAGGUAUACCCUUAUUCCACAGAAGCUUCAAUGUAUGGCAGCUGUGUACCACCUGUAUGCAUGACUGUUCAGACACCUAAAAGUUCACUUGCCAGUGUGAGAAAAAGGAUAGGCGGAAAUUUAUAUUUUCCCCAUAAUGGUCACAUAGAUGAAGCAGGUGGUGGAAUGUCAAAGGUUGAUAGUGACUUCCUUGACUUGGAUAAUGGUUGGAAUCAUAUCUCAGAUGAAGAUUCUGUAGCAAUACGUGAUCACAAUGGGAAUCACAACGAAUAUUUCCCAGCAUCUGACAGUCCACAGAGCAUUUUGGUUUCCUUGUCAGUUGCAUGCCCUCUGAGAGGAAUUGUAUGCAAGCAAUCUAAGCUAUUUCGGAUAAAGUUCUAUGGUACUUUUGAUAAGCCGCUUGGAAGGUAUUUUCGUGAAGAUUUAUUUGUUCAGACUUCAUGCUGCGAAUCUUGCAAGGAGCCUGCAGAAUCUCAUGUGCGAUGUUACACUCAUCAACAAGGCAGUCUCACAAUCAGUGUCAGAACUCUUCCAUCUGUCAAGCUACCUGGGGAGCUUGAUGGGAAGGUAUGGAUGUGGCACAGGUGUCUCAGGUGCAAACCAAAAGAUGGAAUUCCUCCAGCCACACAAAGGAUAGUCAUGUCGGAUGCAGCACGCGGAUUAUCUUUUGGGAAGUUUCUGGAACUUAGCUUUUCAAAUCACACAACAGCCAAUCGAAUUGCCUGCUGUGGACACUCCCUCCAGAGGGACUGCCUUCGUUUUUAUGGGCUUGGGAGCAUGGUUGCUGUCUUCCGUUAUUCACCAGUAGACGUUCUUUCUGUCAACUUGCCAUCCUCAGUACUGGACUUUGCUUAUCCAAAAGCUCAAGAUUGGGUCAUCAAAGAAGCUGUUGACGUAUGCGCUAGGAAGGAACAUCUAUAUAGGGAAAUUGUUGUUAAACUUGACUGCAUCGAAAAGAUAGUUAAAGACCAGAACAUUGGUAUGAAGUCAGGCUUGCAUAAACAUGUUGCCGAUCUUAAGGAGUUGGUUAAAGUUGAGUGGAAGAAGUAUGACGUCGUAUCAGGGUUUUCUAUCAUAGAUGACUUGCAGAUAUUUGAACCAUAUAUAGAUGUUCUAGAGCUCAAUCACCUGAGGAGAGAGCUUGUACUUGAUAUUCACGUAUGGGAUCGCAGACUGUACAUGAUGCACUCCCUCACGAAAGAAAACUGUCGUACUGUGCCAAAUGAUGCACAAUGUUCGGAGAAGCUUACUGAAAGCUUAUUAGAACAAUCAAAUGAUGUGACAUCUGGUAAACAUUUGAAUGUUGAAAAUUCUCUAGAACAGAAUCAACCAAGUACGUUGGAAGUGGCUGCAGUUUCAGUGAAAUCAUCCCCUAUGACAGAACAAACCAACACUAGUGUUUCACAUUUGGGAUUGGAAACCAACAUUAUGGGUGAUGUAUCCAUGCAUUCUGGCUCAACUGUUAUCAGCUUUUCCCCAGGCCCAUGUGAAAUGCAGAGUGAAGGAGUGCUGGCUGAACUAGAAGCUGGAAAGACUUGGCAGAAAUCACAAUCUUCUGCCUCCAAUCUUUCUGACAGAAUUGACUUAGCAUGGACUGGUUCUGGUCAGUUUGUUAAUGAUUCAUCAAGUAGCAUGGAGGCAGUUUCAUUCAUACCUGCUAGUCUGAAGGAUGAUCCUGCAUACCAGAAGGUUAUAGCACCAAUUAGAAUCAAAUCAUUCGAUUCUGCUGUCAGUUCCAGAAAUGUUGAUGAUUCAAAUGCUAGUAUAAGAAGAUCUUAUUCUCAAAGGCCCCCAAAGGCUAUUGAGAGAACUGGUAAGGGUCUGUCACCAACAUUCUUGAACAAGCUUUCACUUCCUGGUAUGAUUGAUGGCGAGAGUCGGUUGCUACUGUCACAAAAUGAUUCAGAUGUUAUUGUUCCAAUUUAUGAUGAUGAACCAUCUAGCAUGAUAGCCCAUGCCAUGACUGUUCCAGAAUAUCGCAGCUUCUUGUUGCCACUUCUGGAUCAGAUUAAUGAAUCUAGUUUAUUGAAUUAUGGUUCUGAUCAGCCUCAACCUAUAACUGGAAAUGACUCUAAGGAUAACCAUUUGACUGUUUCUUUUGAGGAUGAAGACUCAUAUUCUGUUGAUAAAGCAAAAUUUUCUGUGACAUGUUAUUUUGCAAAGCAGUUUGAUGCAAUCAGGAGAAAGUGCUGUCGAGAUGAGCUAGACUAUAUCCGCUCCUUAAGUCGCUGCAAGAGAUGGAGUGCUCAAGGUGGCAAGAGUAAUGUCUACUUUGCCAAAACACUGGAUGACAGAUUUGUGAUAAAGCAAGUGACCCGGACAGAAUUAGAUUCAUUUGAGGAUUAUGCUGUUGAUUACUUCAAAUAUUUGACAGACUCUGUAGCAUCUGGGAGCCCAACUUGCCUCACUAGAGUCCUUGGUCUUUACCAGAUCACUGCCAAGAAUUUGAGAGAUGGAAAGGAGCUGAAGAUGGAUGUAAUGGUCAUGGAAAACCUAUUUUUCAAGAGGAAGGUAUCAAGAAUAUAUGACCUAAAGGGCUCUUUGCGUUCGCGCUACAACCCUGAUACUUCAGGGAACAACAAGGUUCUCUUGGAUCUUAAUCUGUUAGAGACACUUCACACAAAGCCCAUUUUUCUUGGAAGCAAAGCAAAAAGAAGGCUGGAACGAGCUGUCUGGAAUGAUACUUAUUUUCUGGCAUCGGUGGAUGUGAUGGACUACUCUCUCCUAGUCGGCAUUGAUGAAGAAAGAAAAGAGCUUGUGAUGGGGAUUAUCGACUAUCUUCGGCAAUACACUUGGGACAAACAAUUAGAGACUUGGGUGAAGGCAACAGGAUUUCUAGGUGGCUCCAAGGAUGUUCUGCCGACCAUCAUAUCUCCGGAUCAGUACAAGAAGAGGUUCAGGAAGGCCAUGUCGAAGUACUUCUUGGCUCUCCCUGACCAAUGGUCACCGUAA